UACGUGGGUAUGAGUAUGAAUUUCAUUAUUUUAUGGAUGAGCAUUGGGGCACAAAUUGCACAGGAAAUGCUUAUUAUGAUAUUAGUUAUAAAGACUAUAUAGACUUAAAAGCAAAUUCGAAGUUAGCAACUCCUACUUCAAAAAAGAAGCAAUUUAUCAUUAUGAAUUGUGGAUACAGAAUACUAUCAGAAGAGUUAAAUGUGCAAGAGAGAUUAGAGAAAAAAUUUGAGCU